AUGGUGACGGUGGCGCAGGUUGAUCUGGGGACGAUCUGCGGAGAUGAAGAUGAUAUGGUGGUGCAGGAAAUUGACCGGGUGCUGAGGGAGUGUGUGCUGCAGAGGAGACCGGUGUACAUCGCCCUGCCGACUGAUUUGGUGGAUCUGCCCGUUGACACCGCUCGACUUGCAUCUCCUAUCAACACCCUCCCCGCCGUGACGCCCGAGUCAGAACGAGCAGAAGAAGAGGUUCUCGCGCGUCUCCUCUCCCGCAUCAGCCACGCAACGCAACCCCUCCUUAUCAUCGACGGCUUCGUCGCGCGCUGGUCCAUCUUCUCCGAAAUCGACACUUUGGUCCGUCUGCUCCGCUGGCCUACGACGAGCACCCCUUUCGGCAAAUCGUGCGUCGAUGAGACGCUACCCAAUUUCCAUGGCAUCUAUGCGGGUAUCGCGGGCAGGAGCGUCUAUAAGCCAUGGGUCGAUGCUUGUGAUCUGGUGCUCCGGUUUGGCGGGUUGGAUAGCGAUGUCAAUACAUAUGGGUUCAGUACGCUGCCGCCAGAGAGGGCUACGGAUGGAGCCCUACCCCCGACGCAUCUCGGUUAUCCGCGCGCAGAAUUGGCAAGUCUGCCGCCUCCGGAUCCGGACGCAGGGAUCGAACAGCAUGAUUUCUGGCGGCGAAUCUCGAACUUUUUCAAGGAGGGAGAUGUGAUCCUCACCGAGACGGGGACGCCGAGUGUCGGGUCGAGAGAGUUUGUGCUGCCGCGGAAUGCGAGGUUGAUCAAUAGCAGUAUCUGGUUGAGUAUUGGGUUUAUGAUGGCUGCGGCGUGUGGCGCGGCUUUGGGCGUUAGGGAGAUACUGCAGCAGGAGAGGAAGGACGAGGGUGUGAAUGGAGAAAGCUCGCAUAGAGAGCAAGGAGAUGGCCAGAACGGGCUUCAACGGAAUGGAGAAUCAGACUUAACUUCUGCUCUCAACGAUCCCCCGCAGAAGAACGUCCUAUCCUCAACCACCGCAUCCGGCCGAACCAUCCUCUUCGAAGGUGACGGCUCCUUCCAGAUGACCGCUCAGGAAUUAUCCACCGUCAUCUGGCAUAAACUCGAUCUCACCCUGUUCCUCAUCAACAAUGAUGGAUACACGAUCGAGCGGUUUAUCCACGGCAUGAAGGCGCAUUAUAAUGACGUCUCGCGGUGGCGGUAUCUUGAUGCGCCUUAUUUCUUUGGUGCGGAUAUGACGGGGGAAGGUGAGGAGAGGGAGUGGGAAGGGAUCGAAGCUGGCACCAGUGCUGGUGAUGGUGAGGUUGUUGUUAAUGGUACGGUGAACGGUGAUGGUGGUGAUGAGGGAGUCCUUGACGUUGAGACAGGAGCCGAGAUCAAAGGUCAUGCUCGGAAGGGGAAGCAGACUACUCAGGCGCAAGGGCGGAGGCAUGGCCAAGAAUACAAGAUCCAGACCUACCAAGCCAGGACCUGGGGUGACCUUCUGUCCAUCCUUGAUAGGGAAGAAGUGAAAUCGGGAAAGGGCCUUUGCAUGAUUGAGGUUUUCAUGGACCGCGAGGACGCACCGGAGAGUUUGAAGAGACUGGUCGCGAAUGUGGUGAGGAGGAAUAGCGGACAGUCAGAGGGCGAUGAGUGGGCGAAAUCGGAGGGCAAGGUUGUGGAGGAAAAGAUCAUCAAAGCUGCUGGGUGA